AUGGCCGAUUCGUGCGUAUUCAUUCCGAAACGUCGCAGGCGCACCUACCAACAAAUCGAGGAGGACAAACGCAAGGAGCGAGAGAAGGAAAAGAAGAAGCGCGCACGGGAGAAGAAGAAGCCGGCCAGCGCCAAGGAGGCCGUGGCCGAAAGCAAGGCGGAGCGGGCUGCUUCAGAUGACGAAGAGAAUGAAGCGAUGAACGUCGAUGCGCCGGAGGAGAAGAGCCGCGCCGAUGGAGACGCGGACAAAUCGGUAGACGAGCCCAUCAAGACGAAGAGCGAAGCCGUAGACGAUAUCAACGACGAAGGCAGCGAAGAGGAAGCACUGGCGCAGCUGCUCUGCGCGAUGCCCACGCGGGUCGGACUGUUCGGCGGCGCCACCGAUAGCGAUGGCAUGGCCACGAGUGGCCAGGAGCGUGGAGCUCCCCGCGCCAAGGGCAACGACGAUGGCGAGGAUGAGUACAAGGACGAGGGAGAGGACUACGCUGACUCAGAUGACUACGAGAGCACUGGCGACGAGGAAGAUGGCGAGUCGAGCCGUACCGAUGGAGGUGUCAAAGCCGGCGCCAUGAUCAGGAGGUGGUACAUCGACGCUGCGGAGAAAGGCAACGCGGCCCGCUUCAUCAACCACUCCUGCCAGCCGAACUGUGUCGUUGAGCGGUGGCAAUGCGGUGAGCAGAUGCGCUUGGGCAUCUUCGCUGCGGUCAAGAUCAAGAAAGGGGAAGAGAUCACCUACGACUAUGCAUUUCAGUACGACUACGCCGAGCGCGACAACAACAAGAAGGGCAAGAGGCGCGAGUGUCACUGCGGUGCUGCAGAGUGCGUGGGCAAAAUUUGA